AUGGCAAUUUUUGAAUUGGUAAAGGAUGUGAUGUUGGCUUUGGAUGGUUCACACAAUCCUACAGAUCAGAAUCUCCAACAAGUCGGAGGACAUAUUCUUUCAGAGGAAGAGAACACAAAGUUGCAUGAAAGUCAUCUGCCAAGGGAUAUGCACUCCGAGGAUGUGAACUCGGUGUUCGGCAUUGGAGGGACGGCAACCGAGGUCUAUCACGACUCCGACAUCGGAGGUCCGUUGAUGAUCAAGAAGCCAAUCGACAAUGUUCCGCCGCGGUUCUAUCUGUACGGAAUUCGCUCCUUCGAGGCGGAAACAGCUGUGCCUCCCUACGCCUCGACCUUUGUUUACACCAAGGUCAGCCAUUAUCUCGAAUGGAUACUGGACAACAUUAGUGAAUGAUAAUAAUUAUUGGACUAAAGCUAGUGGAUGAUAUCAUUUACACAAUGAUUGGUCUCAGAUAUCUGCUUAGAUCCUAAAAGUGAAUGUAUUUCGUCAACUUGAUAGCACUAGUGAAUGAUAUCAAUUACACAAUAAUUGUUCUCAGAUAUCUACUUAGAUCGUAAAUGUGAAUGUAUUUUCUUAGGCUCUCUUAUUGGAGGAAUUCAUCUUCCGUAAAAUAAAAGAGAAAAGUAAAGCAAAUUAUACCAAAA